UGACAGCAGGUGUGUGUGGUGUGUGUGUGUGUGUGUGUGUGUGUGUGUGUGUUCUCCAGUGACACGGACUCUCACACACGAAACGUUACUCCAGUGUUUACGUUGAUAACGGAACUCACCGAUUGAAGCGAUUAAGGAAUUCCCCUGAAAGUGUCUGAUGGAGCGUUACGAGUCUCUGGGUCUGGUCGGGGAGGGAAGUUACGGCACCGUGCUGAAGUGCCGCCACCGAGACUCCGGCCGUCUCGUUGCCAUCAAGAAGUUUAUGGACUCAGACGAUGACAAGACGGUGAAGAAGAUCGCCCUGAGGGAGAUCAAGCUGCUGAGGCAACUGCGUCAUGACAACCUGGUGAACCUUAUAGAAGUGUGGAAGCGUCGCCGGCGCUGGUAUCUGGUGUUCGAGUUUGUGGAGCGAACGCUUCUGGAUGAUUUGGAGCAAAACCCCAACGGACUGGAGCUCAACACCAGCCGCCAAUUUCUGUACCAGAUCCUGAGGGCUGCAGCCUUCUGCCACCAGCAAAAUGUCAUCCAUCGUGACAUCAAACCAGAGAACAUACUCAUCUCUCAGGGGGGCGUGGUGAAGCUGUGUGACUUUGGCUUUGCCCGGACCAUGACAUCGCCUGCCGAGGGGGGGAUCUAUACUGACUAUGUGGCGACUCGCUGGUACAGAGCUCCAGAACUUCUGGUAGGAGACACCAAGUAUGGCAAACCAGUAGAUGUGUGGGCUGUUGGUUGUCUGUUAAUAGAGAUGUUAACGGGUCAGCCCCUGUUUCCCGGAGACUCCGACCUUGACCAAAUUUACCACAUCGUCAGGUGCUUUGGCAACCUAACAGCUCAUCACCAGGAGUUGUUCUACAGAAAUCCUGUAUUUUCUGGAGUUAGACUGCCUGAAUGUUCUAGCAGAGUCCCACUCGAACAGCGUUUAAAUACAGUCACAACCACCGCCCUGGACCUGGCACAGAGUUGUCUCCAGAUGGAUCCAGAAAGACGAGCUCAGUGUUCAGACCUGUUAGAACAUCUGCUGUUCACACAAGAUUCUUUCCACAUCAGGGUUUUGGAUGAGCUAAAUGCUAAGAUCCAAAAAGACCACAGAGAAAACUCUACCCUUCCCAAAAUAGCCAAAACGCCAAGACGAGAAAAGGAUGAAGGGGAUGACAAGACCCGCAGAGGCAAAGACAAAGACAAGAAACAAUCUGAAAACAUGGAUGAGAAGGUCAACAAGGAAAAGGAGAAGGAGGGCGGAGAAGAAAAGAUUUCAAAAACAAAAGGCAAGCAGCCUUCAAAGCUGCCUAAAAGCAUUCUGAAUAAAUCAGAACCGUUGAUGUCCACCAAACAAUCCAAAACAUUAGAUGCCAAGAUUGUUGAUAACGCAGCAAAACCAUCUGUAGCUAUGAGAAGUAAAGCAGCAAAAGCCACUGGUGCCGAGCUGAGAAAGGAACCUGAGAUUUCUAAACCAACUAAAAGCCUUACUUCUGAUUCAUUGGAGGCUCCCACGACUGCAACAGAUCUGAAGGACAGUAAGAUGGUAGUAGCUAAACCUAGACAUGGAAAAGUUGGUUCUCCAGAUCCACGGAAAGACCAUUUAAAAAAUAUGGACACAAAAGACAGAGACUCUACUGGAUUACCUUCUAGCUGCCCAAACAACAAAAUGUCAAGGGUGAGUCAAGAUUCUGGGAAAAGCAAGAACAACUCAAAUACAAAAGUCCCCAAAUUGUCUAAAUAUUCAACCACUGACCAUCCAAAUGAUAAUUCAUCUGCUAAAUCAACUACUGAUCCUACAGACACCAACUUAACAAAGACAGAAGGUCCUACAACAGCCUUAACUUCUAUGAUAGUAAACAGUGGUCAACUAGAGACAAGCUUGACACUGAAAGUAUCUCUGCUGUCCAGCAAUGACCACAUCGAGGUAAAGACAACUACGACUUCAGAGCAUCAAACUCAUCGUUCAGACAUGGAUACAGAGCAAAGAAGGACCUCUGAAUGUCCUCAAGUUUUGCCAUCAAAUCCCAAAUCAUCUUCAUCUACCUCAAACUCUGGCCCAAAAAAUACCAAAAGCAAAUCAUCUUUGUGCACCAGCCCAUCAAAGACUCUUACCUCAGAUCUUUCAACGCAGUCCUCUAUAGUUUUUGUAGAUGUUAGUCCCACCCACAGCACUACAAUGCUAUCUAAAGGAACUCUCAAAACUGGUACAUCUUUAGAUACUAAACCCACAAAUAGCACCACAAGUAUACCAAACAAACCUUCCAGGGAACUUACAGAAGUAACCAAAUAUCAGCCGGAUGGUAGUAAUACUUCAAACAGGGAAGAUCAUGGAUGCUUGAAGUUGAGCCCAGCGACCAAAACAGCUGCAAACUACACUGAGAUAUCUUAUGCUUCAGGUGGAGAUUACAAGGAGAAUCCUGAAUCUUCUGAGCACUGUGGCAUCAAUCAACAGAGCACUUCCACAAAAUCCAAUAUCACCACAGAAUCCAGUUCAUCAAUCUCCGUACUGAGUGAAAUCCCUAAAACCAACACAUCAGUAGGGACCACUGUCCUCAAAAGUUUGAAAGAUAAAGAGAACAUAGAGGAUUCAGCGUUUUCUGAUUUCAUCAGCACAACAAGCAAAUCUUUAGUAAAUCCAUCCUCAAAGGUUUCAAGAAGCUCGAAUAUUGAGCAAAAGAACAGCAGCAAUGAAGUCGAACUGAACAUCAAAUCCUUGAAAAACCCUCACUCAAAAUCUUUGAUCGGAGAACCUAAAACAAAGCAUGGCUCUUUUAGCAACCACACCAAGUCCACCACAGCAAUGACUCAGAAAACUAGAUUUUCGACAGAAGUACGGAAGAAAAGAGACAACCCAGAAAAUAUUAACACAACAAAUAUAUCCACAACUGCAGAUUCAGCUUCAUUCACCACUACAGCAACACCGGACCACAAAGCUUUGACAAAAAGCUCUGUUUUUCACAACAUGGACACUGCAGACGUCAAUGAGUUGGAAUUCAGUUCACUCUAUUCCUCUCCGCCUCCUCCUCCUCCACCUCCCUCCUCUACUCCUCUACUCCUCCCUCCAUCUUCCACAUCCGUUAUUCCCUCAAUUUCUGUCAUCAGUAACAACAGCCCAGUCACCAGUGAUCACUUUACCUUGGCGGCGGGUUUCCAUCCUGGGACCCACAGCCUUAGGUGUGUAGACAAGCCAAGACAUCACGGUGGUGUUUACAAUCGACAAUCUCUGUCCAGCCACAUUACAGGACCACUUGCUGCACAGGUUUCAGAUAAGAGUCUUAUCUGCGAGCGCUCCUUCCUGUCUGACCGCUAUAACCAUGGAAACAGUGGCGGAGUUACAGUGAAAAAGAAGUCAGACAUUCAUUUCCCAGAUCUUAGAAGCUCAGUGCUGCCAGAGCUCAGAGGAAGAGAAAGUAAACACAACAAAGGCACCACCAAGAAUCAGCAAAAAGACAAACAGCCGGUUCUGUCCAUUACUCCAACAGAACCACAACAGCCCGGGUACAACAGGACUGAUUCAUACUCACCAUAACAAAAGCCAUGUGGACCUUAACUUCAGUGUGACUACAGUUUAACAUUCAACGCACUUUCGAUCACUUUCAUCGCAACACAGUCUGAAUUGAAAAUCGUCAGAUUAACAGAAACAUUUCAUGGUUCCACCUUCACAAAUCUGAUGAUUUUCUUUUAAAUUAUUUUAAUCAUGUGAAGUUCCAACUACUGGUUGGACAAAAGAGCAUUGUGAAGGUGUCACUUUGGGCUUCUGGAUAAUUGUGAUUGGAUCUCUCACCAUUUUCACAAGUUUUACCAAUCAAUCAAAUCAAUAUAAUACAUUUAUAAUAUGUAUUAUAUAUAUUUAUAAUAAAUUUCAAUGUAAAGGUCCAUCAUUUAAGCUUGAUGAAGCCAGAAAUGUAUGUGCAUAUCUGAAAAGUGUAGAAAUCAUACAACUUAACACGCCUGAAUUCAUAUUUCUUAAUUUAUACUCAACACAAUAAACGUGUUGAGUUUAGAGACAUAUUGCAUGUAAAGAACCAAAUGUUCUAUUCAUAUUUAUUAUUUGUCGAUAUUAAAUGAAAUGAUGUUAAUACAAGAAUAAAAAGACAAA